UGUAGAGUAUAGUACAGUUCCUUAUCUUAUAAAUUAUAUCCACUGCACUGAUGCGCCAUAUGAGCUAAGUAACCAAUUGUCUGUCUGCUGAAAUUUAUUGAGAGAUAAAUCAUGAUGGAAUCACCUGAAUAUAAAGCCAUCAGCAGUUGCAGAGAUGAGCUGGGUAGUCUACUCUCCACUUGUCUUGAAGAAGUGGCCUGUCCGUUACGUCAGAGUGAAGCACUAACUGACAAACGAUACAAGACUAUUAUCGGACGCGAAGAUGGCACUGAUCUGCUUAUCGAUGAUUUCUUGAUCUUCAUCAAAUCUUCCCCGUUGAAUUGUUAUGUUGAAUUCAUGACAACUAUAACAAAACAUGGGAACAGACUUGUUAGAGAUUUCGUCAAGAAUACAAUUGAAGCUAAACGAAAGAAGUUCUAUAGAGAAUUACUCAUAGUUCCACCAAGUUUCGUGGCAUCUCAGGAAUACGACGUCUUUGUCAGCUACAGCCAUGAGGAUGACACUAUGCCCACAGUGGACACUCUUAUGUCGCGGCUGAAGCAAGAAGGCCUCAGCGUGUUCGUUGGCGAACGUAGCAUUCGGCCUGGGGACAAAUGGCCAUUUGAGAUUUCCUCCGCUAUCAAAACCUGCAAAGCAUUUGUCGUUAUGCUCACUAAAGAAUACAUGAAGUCCGUGUACUGCAAUGGAGAGCUGUACGAAGCAGAAGCUCUUAGCAAGCGUUUGUUCCCAGUGGUGUGUGAGCAUGGUUGGGGAGAUGUGCCUGGAGCUACCCCUGUGAUUGAAGUGUUGAAGGUCUUUCAGGAUGUGUCUCUAGUGGCAGGAAAUAAGGAGAAGCAACUAACAAAACUGGUCCAAAGCAUCAAAGGAGCUGUGGCACCAUUAUCACCUUUAUCACCCGUUGCCGUAGCUCCAGAUUCACCUAAUCUGCCCACCGAUCAGGCUGACGGAGCUACACCUGAGAGGAAACAAUCGUUAAUAGCUGAUGCUAAAUUCGCUGCCUGGAAGGAAAAGCUUGCGCCAAAGCUGUCUCUAGAAAUCAGGCAAUAUGAUCUAAUUUUGGUUGCUGGAUUAUUUGACAAAGUGGAGCCUUAUUUAGAUCAGUUCGGAUUAACAGAUGGUGAAAAGAGUGACGUGCGUGCUAGUGCUCUGCUCAAUGGCACCCAGGUUGGAAUGAACACUGCUUUUUCAACGUGGAAGUCCCACCAACCUUGGCAUGCAACGUAUGGGGCACUACUGGAUAUUGUGUUGAGGCUGAAGAAAGUGAAGAUAGCUCUUAGACUGUGCGAAUUCCUGGACCAACUGCAAUGUUAGCAAUGUUAGCAAUUUAGCAAACUGCUUUAUUAAUUUUAUACAUUUUGUAGCUCUAUAUUAUGUAUAUAAUUAUUAUUGUUAUUAUUGUUUCAGAGACUCAGUGUCAUGAGUGUGAAUAGA